UGUCCGGUUUGUGGGGAUUUUUUUUUUCCACCGGAGAGCUGUAACCAGGCAACGGGGCAAAUACGGGGCAAUUAUUAAAAAAAAAAAAAAAUAGUGUAAAUAAAUGCAUCUGAGUUCUAUUUUAUUUCCAUGGUCGGAAUUGAUUGGAUGUAAUUGCAGUGUAGAUGUGAAACACUGGGCAUUUUCUGCCUGGCGUUUGGAGAUAAGGAGGAGUGAAGGCAGCGUCGCACAGGGACUGAGGUCUGGCCUUUUUAAUGCUGGGGAUCGUAUUUUUAUUCUUAUUAUAAUAAUUAUUAUUAUAAGGGGUUUUUUUUUUGUUAAGAGCGACAGAGUGCGUGCGUGCGUGCGUGUGCGCGCGCGCGCGUGUGUGUGUGUUGGCAGUGUGCUGUGAGAAUGCACAUUGCUUUGCCUCGCCAUCAUGACCGCACACGUCUGUACGGAUCAGUGGUGAAGAUACUAUAAUAAUUAUAAUAAUAAUAAUAAAAAAAAAAGGAGUUUGACGGUGCAUGUCGGAGUGAAAGGCGCGCAGAACACAGACAGCCGACAAAACUACACCUUCCAGCUCUGACAAAAUGGGAGAACAGCCCAUAUAUAGCACCAGAGCUCACGUCUUCCAGAUCGACCCCUCCACCAAAAAGAACUGGGUCCCCACCAGCAAGCAUGCCGUCACCGUGUCCUACUUCUACGACAGCACUCGAAACGUCUAUCGCAUCAUCAGCCUGGACGGAGCCAAGGCCAUUAUCAACAGCACCAUCACUCCCAACAUGACGUUCACUAAGACCUCACAGAAAUUUGGCCAGUGGGCAGAUAGCAGAGCCAACACCGUCUACGGCCUUGGAUUCUCAUCUGAAAGCCACCUGAGCAAAUUCGCAGAAAAAUUCGCAGAGUUUAAGGAAGCUGCACGGUUAGCGAAGGAGAAAUCUCAGGAGAAGAUCGAGCUGACUAGCACACCUUCACAGCGCAAACUGGCUUUGGCGUCUUCGAAGCACAAACGGAACUUGACUGUGGCCACUAAAAAGGAAUCAGCUACAGGUGACCUGCAGUCACCUUUGACCCCCGAGAGCAUCAACGGGACGGACGACGAACGCAUCGUGCCUGACUCCUGUCAGAACUCAGAGCCUCGAGUCGAGACCAACGCAGUUCCCUUCCCACACAGCAGCUCGACUAACAUUAAUAAGCACUGGGAGGCCGAGCUGGCGGCGCUGAAGGGCAACAAUGCCAAGCUAACGGCGGCUCUGCUCGAGUCUACAGCCAACGUUAAACAGUGGAAACAGCAGCUAGCUGUUUAUCAAGAGGAGGCUGAGAGGCUGCACAGAAGGGUGACAGAACUGGAGUGUGUCAGUGGGCAGACGACAGGAAUCAAAAACCAGAAAACAGAACUAAACCAGACGAUAGAGGAGCUGGAGGUGGCACUGAAAGCCAAGGAGGAGGAGCUGGAACGACUGAAAUCAGAAGUUGAGAAAGCCAACGAGUUGCAGACACAGAAAGACGCAGUCACUCAGAAACUACAGGAAACGGAGACACGGACAGUAGAACUGGAAGCUCAGCUAGCCGAGCUGGAGCAGCGAGUGGAAAGCAGUCACGAGGAACAGGAGACGUUUCGCAGAAAUCUGCGCUCGCUUCUCGAGCUGCUCGACAGCAAGAUCUUCGAGCUGACCGAGCUGAGGGACAGCCUGGCUAAACUGAUUGAUGGAGAAAACAGCUAGAGUCUGCAGAAGCAAACUGCCCUCUGGUGGAGAAAACACACACACACAGGCGUGUACACACCCACACCCACACACACACACACACACACACACACCAACACAGACAUUCAUGCCAGCACAGCAGACUUCAUUAAAACAUGCAUGCAAGCAAGCAGACAGGUGAAUUACAAAUAUUGAUGUUCUCACACAGGUGCACUUCUACAAACUUGUGCCUGCACACACACACACACACACACACACACACACACACACUACAUGUUAUGGGCCUAACUGGGGUUUCAACCUGCCUUUUUGGAAUUUCUGUUUUUUAUGAACUUUACACAUCUAAAAAAAAGGACAUCUCCGAUUUUUUUGUACUAUCACAUCUGGAUACAGAGACAUUUUGUACAGAGACGCCUGUCAGCAUGGCUCAGUGAUGAGUCUGAACGGAGUAGUGUUUAUCAAGGUUAAUUGUACAUUUUAUGCUUUUUUGUAAUUGGUCAUGUGACAAGAGCUAUUCGUUACAAAUUUGGAUCUGAGACUGAACAUCAGAGCUCAAAAACAACAAGUGGAAUCUACUAACAUAUAGAUUACAUAUAGAAUACAAUUAUAGCUACAA